AUGUCCAUCACGGUCACUGAGCAUACAGGCGACGUCAGUGCGCUGCACGAUAUCUGGGAGAAAGGGUUUGCAAGCGUGAAUGCUGCCUACUCAUUGCCCCCCGCUACCUUUGAGUCGCUGCUCUCAGCUCCGCUUGCAACUGUCUUUGUCGCGCGACUCCACGCAUCCGACGAGCCAGUGGGCUUUGCGCUCACCUACCUCAUCCGAUCAGGAGGCGAAGGUAACCCCGCUGCCCAGCACUACAAGGGCUCGCUGGCGGCGCUCGUGGUCCAUCCACGCCAUCGCGGCUGCGGGGUCGGAGGUGCGCUGCACGACGCAGCGCUGACGUCACUCGAGGUGAGCGUCCAGUCAUCGUUUGCCCGCUCGACACCACCGCCGACCGAGGGGGAACUGCAGCUCGGAUCCAUCUUUCCGCGCAUCUUUCCCGGUCUCCCGGUGCUGGAUGAGCUGAAGCCAACCAAAGAAUGGUUCACCAAGCGCGGUUGGACGUUCCCUGGCAGCCAGGCGAUCGACCUGUACGGUCGCGUCCCUACUGGCGUCGACCAAGAGCAGUGGAAAGAGGACGCAAAGGCCCAUGGGAUCACGUUCCGACCUGCCAACCCCGAUGACGAGGCCGCAGUCAUGGUGCUUGAGAAGGAAUUUGACUCGUAUACUGGAUGGCCGGACAUGUUCCCCAGGUUCUUUGCGGCCGGCAAGGCCGGCGACAUCCACCUGGCGUUCAGCCGCGACGGCGAGGUCAUUGGUGCGACCCUGGCUGCGCUCGCUCCUUCCCCACUCCACGACGUGCUCGCGUGGCCUGCAACCCUCGGCAAGCAAUGUGCGGCUAUCGCGUGUGUUGGCGUGUCGGUCAAGGCUCGCGGAACCGGAGCUGGUACUGGCAUAUGCGCUUCAGCCUUGCAGGACCUCGAGGCUCGCGGCGCAGAUGGCUGCUUUAUCGACUGGGUUGGGAUGAAGGGGUUCUACGAGCGGUUUGGGCUCGAGAGGUGGCAAGCGCCAUACUGGGACGGCGGCAGGAAGGUGUUGCCCCGAACAUGA